AUUCCCAUCAUGAGGACGUCGGGGAUCUGUGCUGGGAUCUUUAAAGCUCCGGUUCUCUGUUUCUUGUGGCUAACGAAGCACACAGUGGUCUCAGCGCAGCUAUCGGCUCCAGACAUGGUAACAGGAACAUACAAUGGAUCUGUGACAAUCUCUUGCCAGUACGACCUUCAGUUUAAAGAAAACACAAAGUACUGGUGCAAAGGGUCGGUAUACGAGCUGUGUGCGAUAGUGGUGAAAACACCAAAGAAUCGAUUUAAUGACCGAAGCUCCAUCGUGGAUGAUCAGGAAGCAGGAGUCUUCACUGUAACCAUGACUUCACUCAGAAAACCAGAUGAGGAUAGGUACUGGUGCGUCAUUGCCAGAUCUGGAAGGAAUAUCUUCAGACGUGUCAAGCUCCUCAUCUCCAACGCAGUGGCGACCCCACCAACCACCACACAAAUCAACUCAUUACUGAUACUGGAACAAGAACAAACAAGCUGGUGGGCGGCUCUACGUUGGAUCCUCUUUAUUAUAAUGUUGUGCUGUUUGGCAUCAACACACUUCAUUGUGUGGAGGAUAAAUGCUGCAAAGAAAAUACAGUUACAACAACAUUUUCUCAUCAAAACUAUAACAUGAAUUAAAGUUGGGCAUCGCCACAAUUUUAAAACAGGGAUAAAUAUAAACACCGACCAAACAACUCUUCCACUGGACAUUCCUUCUGUGUGUGAUCUGACCUGAAAAUUAAUCAAGUGCAAAGCAGCAUUUAGUUUUUUUUUUCCCUAAGUGUUUAAAUGAUUAAAGCCUCAUUAGUGCCAGAGCCUAAGAUAACUUUAGGCACAACUUUUGAAUAUCCAAUCAGCUUAAAAUUAGCACCCCUGCAGAACUGAUGCUGUUGGCUUUCUUUUAAUUUAUUUGCAGAUUUUAUAAGAACAGCGGUUGGUAUUCGUUUUUUGGUAGGGUUUUUCACAAAAUCUAUCAAUGUUGGACUCCAGUCUGAAAACAAUGCAGAAUAAAAAACCCUUCAUGUAUAAUUGAAAAGCCAACUAUGAAGAACUGCUUUUAAAAGACAAAAAAUGGACAAUAUUAAUGUUGGAUGGCGGUUAUGUGUGUCUCUCUUUUCCUGUUACACUGAGGAAGAAUCAUAGAGUUACACUUUCUUCGCAUUAAUACAAUUUUGCACUUGCUUAGGCCUGUGGUUCUUGCCCUGAGUGACACUGCAUAGUCUCACUGGAUACCUGCAGCAGAGAUGGAGUGUUUCUAUUCAAAGUAAAUUAUGUAAACUGGUGACCUCCAGUCAUAAUCAAAGGUAAAUUGCCCUCAAAUUCCUCUGAAAAUGGUAAAUAUGAGAUUCUCUGAGAACAGCGAUGAUGAUUAGUGAUCCUGGCCAAGCAGGUUUUAUUACUGUGGUGGUUAUAGCUGCAAGAAGUUGCACAAUGCUUUCAGAAAUGUGAAAACGCCACGGCACAGCAUUUAUCAUCUGUUUAUUAUUAUAUUCCUGUACAAUCUAAUGCAAUAAACAUGCAUUUAAUCUUA